AUGCCUCUCUUCACUUUGUCAUUCUGCGCCUCGUACGUCACCUCAGGUGGCAUCGCGUACCCACUCUUGGUGGAGCUGGCACUCGUCUCAAAGGUCGUGAGUGUGAGACUGCCCGUCGCGCUGGUGAGAGAACUCUCGGAGGCUGAGGGUAUAGAGGAAGUCUCGACUUCAGAGCUGGACUCGCUGCUAGAUGAUGCUGAGGUGGUGGAGGAAGAGGGGAAGGUGGUGUACUCCGUCUCGCUAUACAUGGAUGAGCUAGAUACUUCGGGGGUCUCCGAGCUGGUCGAGCUAACAGACGUGACUGGAGAGUCGGAAGAGGAGGUGUCAGAGGGUGUCGGCGUCGGGAUGGGUGUCUCGAUAGUACCAGAAUCACUGGUCAACGACUCCGACGGCGUCUCGGAAGGCAAGACGAAGCUGCUAGUGCCUGAAGUUACCGACUCAGUGUACGAAGCAAGCUCAGAGUCUGUAGAUGACUCGCUGAAUGAGGAUGACCAACGACGUGGGCGUGGAAGAGACAACGAUGACGUUGCAGAAUCAGUCUCUGAAGCACUAGCCAGCGAAGAAGAGGCUGAAGAGGUUGCAGUUUCAGUAGCUGACGACGACUCUUCGGAACUAGUGGGUGUAUAUGAAGAGCCGUCCGUUGUCGAAGAUCUCGACAUGGUGAGCGUCCUAGACCAAGUGCGUGUGGAGGAGCGACUCCGGGUGACUCUUGACUUCCUAGACGUCGAUGAAUGCGAAGUCGAAGAUGAAGUGUAG